AUGUCUGAAAGAAAAUUAUAUAGAGGUACAAAUUGUUUAAUGGUGUCGGUGUUGCUAUACUUAUUAUUUGCUUCUGUUAGUGCGUGCCUCAAUACCGAUUGGGAUUGUUUAUUUGACGAUAUUUUAUCGGAUGUUGGACCUAUUUUGUCAUGUGCGACAUCGAAAUUGAAAAAUUUAUUUAUUUCUUCAGCAGAAGAAACAGAUGAUUGUCCAAUAACAUCUGACGUGAUCUCUGAGAGCCUUAAAAGUGGUAGAGAGCUCUCCAAAGAGGCGAAGAAGAGGGGCAACAAGUUAGUACGGAGUGGAGUCAGUUUAGAAGCCUGUUCCCCCGCACUAUUACAUUUCUUCUCAGCAAAACUUCCCAAAGAAGCUAUAAAGGCUUCCGAAUUGUCGAAUGAAUUACUCACUGCUACUAAGAUUAUGCAGAUGAAAGUUUGCUUAGAGUCCAAUGUUACUCCAAACACAUUUACCUCUUUCCUUGAAAGUUAUUGCAUACGACCGCACGAGUUAUAUUGCAAGCCGGCGAAUAUAAAAUGCACAGGGUGUGAUAAAUAUAGAACGAUUGACGGCACAUGCAAUAAUAAGGAACAUCCAACGUGGGGCAGGAAGGGCGCACCUUUCGCCAGAAUUGCCUCUACAAGAUAUGCUGAUGGUAUAUACACAAUGCCAGUGUCAACAAACGGAAAUCCUCUCCCAAAUCCACGUAGUUUAUCCACACGUCUCUUCAGUGAUCGCGUCAUAUCGAGCCGAGUUCUCAGCGCCCUCAAUAUGCAGUGGGGUCAAUUUGUAACCCAUGAUAUGUUAUUUCAGGUCAUGGAAGUGACUGAUGAAGGCGGCAUUCAGUGCUGUUUAGGCGUUGGUAAAGAUAUUUUGCCGAAAGAACUUCUAAACGAUAAAUGUAUACCAAUUUGUGUGUCGGAAGACGAUCCUUUCUACAAACACCACGGCAUUAAAUGUCUGAACUUCGUGAGGAGUGUUACAACCCAUAAAGACGACUGCAGUUUAGGACCGGCUGAGCAAAUGAACACAGUGACCAGUUAUUUAGAUGGAUCACCAAUUUACGGUUCGGAGUCCAAACUGGCGUCAAAAUUACGGAGCAAAUGUGGUGGAAGAUUGAAAGAAGAAACAAAAACAAACUGCAAACGAGGUUUCCUACCCUCAGUCGACGAUAAGUUUGAAGUCUGCGAUCUGAGAAACUCCUCUGAACCCUGUUAUAUGGCUGGUGAUACCAGAAUUAAUCAAACUCCAACACUGGCUGUUCUGCAUACAAUACUUCUUAGAGAACAUAACAGAGUAGCCGACAUACUAUCAUCCCUCAAUCCUUUGUGGACGGAUGAAAAAAUCUAUCAAGAGGCCAGAAGAAUCGUUGUGGCAGAAAUACAACAUAUUACGUAUCAAGAAUGGCUACCUCUCAACUUUGGUGAGAGCUAUCUCCGUUACUACCGUAUAUCUCCCAGCUCCUUGUACAGUCGUGACUACAGCGAGGAGGUGAGCGCUGACGUCAUCAAUAGUUUCGGCGCAGCAGCCUUCAGGUUCCUUCACACCAUCAUACCGGAUACGAUCAUGUCCUGCCCAAAAAAAUGCCAAGCAGCUUAUUUAUACAAGUUAAGUGAUUACUAUUUCAAUCCGAGUCUUCUAGAAUCUCAUAGAGAGUCUUUUGACGAUAUUGUCCGAGGUAUAAUAACGCAAAGAUCAGGUGAAGCCGAUCCUCAUUGUACGACAGAAGUCACCAACCUUUUAUUCAAAUCACAUAACAAAUGGGGUCUGGACCUUAUAGCCAUGGACAUACAAAGAGGGAGGGAUCAUGGACUCGCUUCAUAUAAUGACUAUAGGGAAAUUUGCGGUCUAUUAAGAGCGAGAACAUUCCAAGAUUUAUCGGGAGAAAUAUCUCAGGAUAGAAUCAACGCUCUAUCACAACUGUAUGAGUCAGUGGAUGACAUAGAUCUGUUCGUUGGGGGCGCUAUGGAGCGUGAUGUACCAGGUUCGAUACUCGGUCACACCUUCCAGUGCAUAGUGGCUGAACAGUUCUAUAGAACCAGGGUUGGAGAUAGAUUCUUCUAUGAUAAUAGCGAAAUGCCACAUUCUUUUACACCAGAUCAACUCAAGGAGAUCAAGAAAGCGACGAUAGCACGUCUUAUAUGCGACAACACGGAUGUUGAGUUCGUACAGAAGAAAGCCUUCGAAAUAGAAAGCACUUAUAAUCCAAAACUAUCUUGCGAAGACACCAUUUCCAUACCUCACGUGGAUCUAACGGCUUGGAAACGACCAAAAUUUGAAUUAUACGAUUAA